AUGGCCGAAAGGAUCAAACUCCUUAUUCAAAAGCGGACUUCCUUAAAGUCUCAGAUCACUAGCUUAACAAACAUACUCGAAAAAGAUCGACAGGGUCGCCACGAUAAGAUCGCGUUAAAUUUACGCAUGGCGCGCGUCACGUAUCUUUACCAUGCGUAUGAAGAAUACAAUGACGAGUUACUGACAUUAGAUUCGAACGAGAGUCACAAAGACGAAUUCGCAAAUGUCCAAGAAAGGUUCUAUUCAUUGGCGAGCAGAUUUGAGACUUUAACGGGUUCCACAGAGUUCCCCGCAAACGCCGGCACUUCGAGCGGUGUGCCUUCCCCCGUCAAUACGAAUCCCAUGCACGUCGUAAAACGGAAAAUAAAAUUACCUGAAGCGUCGCUACCUAAUUUCGACGGGCAAUAUGAUAAUUGGUUAUCGUUCAAAAAUGCGUUUAUCGCGAUGAUAGACACGCGUACGGAUUUGGACGAUAUAGAAAAGUUGCAUUAUUUACGGUCGGCAUUAACCGGUGAAGCGGCGAAUAAGAUAAAGAUCUUAAUAAUCGAAGGCGCGAAUUAUAGUAAAGCCUGGGAACUAUUGAAACGUGCAUACGAAGUAAAACGUGUUCUGAUCUCACGUCAUCUCUCAAUGUUAAUAAAUUUGCCAACGGUAGAAAAAGAAACUACUGAAGGUUUAUCUAAGCUUACUGACGACGCGCAGCAACAUGUCGCAUCCUUAGCCUCGCUGGGAGUUGACGUGGGAUCCGAGAUACUCGUCAACAUACUACAAAGCAAAUUACUUAAAAAUACGGCCGAAAAAUGGGAGGAAACGCUCAAACGCGAUGAAUUUCCAAAGAUCGAUGACCUAUAUGAAUUCUUAUAUAAAACCGCGGUUCGCGUAUCUAAGCGCACUCGCCCGGAACUCUCUAAACACGACGACAAGAAUUCACCCUCGGUAAAAAAACCGCGAAUAUCUAAUAAAGCCUUUAUAAUCAAUACGGCGAAUAAUUGCGUAGCAUGUAAAACUAAACAACACCCAUUAUUCAAGUGCGAUAAAUUUAAGCAGUUGGACGUCCCCAAGCGUAUCGAAGUCAUAAGAAACGCCAGGCUUUGUUACAAUUGUUUGCGUUCGCAUAGAGGCAAGCCUUGCAGUUACGCGAAUUGCACCAUUUGUCAAAAAAAACAUAACACGCUUUUGCACAUCGACAAAUAUUCGCCCGCAGUUACAAAGGGCGACACAGCAGAAUCGAAAACGGGAAAGAUGUUAUGA